AUGCAUUCUCUGUUCAAGUCAGCGUUGGAGGCAGCGCGUUCUGUGUCCUCUCAACUGGAUAAAACUUUCGAGGAAGCUGUCCGGGACACGGGCGAGCCUCGACCGCCUGCUUCCUUCAACUCUGCACGCCCAUCUCGUCGUCGAGUUCCCAGUGAUGGGCCUCAGAGUUCCGAGUCGAGGACCGACCUUCAACAGCGCAUUCUUAACGCCCCCGCCUCUUCCCCUCAUGGAUAUCCUCAGAGAAAACCCUCUGCGGGUGCCGCUUGUCCCGACGGUCGAAUUGCCGGAGAUGCAUACAGCCCCGCUGCUAAGCAGUCGAAGCGCGCAGACCCCGCCUCUGCUGUAGAGCCAGUGGAUCGGACCCCUGCCGCCGCAGGGAUCGGGAAAGGCACUUUCGGCGGCGAUGUCACCUCUGAGGAUCUGCGGGCUCGCGCCCGCGAGCUGGGUGGCCACGCCCUCGAGGGGGUUGCCCGCUUUUGGGGGCGCAUGCGCGAAGACGCCACCGCGGCGGCGCAGGCUGCUGCCGCGCAGUUGGGCGGAGGGACCGACGCCUCCCUGGAGGAGGCGGAGUACGAGAGAAGGAGGGAGGAGGUCCGCAGGCAGCGGAGGCGAGAGCGACUGAUGCUUCAGGAACGUCAGAGACAAAAAAGGGAGGCCGAAGAGGAAGACGCACGCUGCGCUGAAGGGAGAGGAGAGGACGAGGAGGGCAGCAGGAGGCAAGAGGCAGAACACGGCGUGAAUCCUCUCCAGGAGGACGAGGCGAGAUCUCGUGGACUCGGGAGAGAUGAAAGGACACAGGCAGCCACGGGACAUUUGAAGGCCACCAGAGGCCAGACACAAGUCAUAGUUAUUCCCUCGUUUCCUUCCAGUCCGGCCCCCGCUUCUCUUCCGCCCCUGACCCCGCAGCCGCCUCCUCCCCCACCUCCCCUGCCUGCUCCAUGCGACUUGCUCUCUGUUGAGCCUGUGCAUGCAGAUGUACACGGAACUCCUCUUGGGAGAGUGAGCAGCCGAACUUCAGGUGUUUCGGUGGGUAACGGAGCGACGACGACGCCGAUUGUGAGUCUCGGCGAUCCGCUGGGGGUCGUAGAGGGAGCGGGUCCGCGUGGAGGCGUCUCGGACCGGUGUGAGGAACCAGGAGAGGAUCUGUUGUCGUCUCCUCCCCCGGCAAAAGAAGACGGAAGAAUGGACUUUCUGGACUCUUCUCCUGUGCUCUCCAAUGCCAACGAUCCCUUUUCCUGCACGGCAGAAUCUCCGUCACCCCUACUGCCUUCCGUCCCAGGCCUUCCUAGUUCCUUUUCUUUCUCUCUCCCUCUGGGGUCUUCUGGUUCCAGCAGUCGGUCGCGCUUGGCAAACGAGACGCUCACCGACGCCCUCACCAGUCCCGUUCCCGCUCCGCCUCUCGCGGGCGGCUCGAUGCCCAGCUGCCGCUCUGGUCCCCUCUCUCCUGGUCUGCCUUUGCCUUCGCGGCCUUCGCCACGUCCCGGAAGCCCGUCUGGGGCCUCGGCGUCGCCGACUCCCGCUGAGGCUCCACGACCGUCUCCGGAUCUUCCCGCGCAUGCAGAUUCCGUUGCACGCGCGCAGCAGGAGACGGAGGCGGCCUGGCGAGCGGCGGUCUGUGCGCGCGCGUCGGCAGCCGAGGUGUCUCUGGCGGCUGGCGCGGCCCAGGCAGCGGACGCGAUUGCGACCUCGGCUGCCGGAGACGCCGCCGAAGACGCGGCCCUCGCCGCGUCUGCCGGCGCGACCGCGGUCGCGGCAGAGGCCGCUGGAGCCGCAGCAGUCGUGACAGCAGCGGCUUCGCGGGCGGCGGCCGACGCCGAGAGAGCAGCGGAGCUCGCCUCGAUGCAUGCAGAGCGUGCAAAGAUGGAGGUAGCUAAGUUGGCGCGUGAGAGUCGGCGGGCGAUCCAGGAGCUUUCGUGGGUGGGCGGGGGGGCUGGGGAGUCUCCCGGGGAAGAGCGGUGCUCGGGAGGUGGGGACCUGUCGAGAAAUGCUCCAGGCGACCUUCUGGAGAGGCUGCAGGACGAGGCGACUCUGCGAGAAACGCAGGCGGCGACGCUGCGUCGAGCGGCCGACGAAGGGCGAAGACAAGUCGGUGAGAUCUGGACGAUGGCGGAGGAAGCCGCCGAGGCAGCUGAGGAGGCGAGCCUGGCAGCGAAGGAAGCGCGGGGAGACGCCGAAGCCGCACGCCAGGCAGAAAGCGGAGCAGACCGCGCCGCCUUCCUCGCAGCGCAGAUGACGAUCGAGGCUGCCCUCGGAGACAGCCCCUGUCUUGCCACACUCGCUGCAGGAGACCCGCCGACCGGGCGCAGAAGCCGAGCUGUCUCUGCGGGCUCCGGCCCAUGUGGAGACGUUCGCGGCGCGACGGGAGGCGGAAGCGAUGCAUUUGAUGAGGUCUUUUUACUUGCGGCGACUCGCGACAUGGAGGCCAGGGUGGAGGGGGGAGAGCGCUCGGCGGCGGCCGCAUGCAGCGAGCGUCUCCCUUGCCCACCGGCUGGCGACGGAGCGGCCAUCGGAGGCUUGGCACGUGGAGAGAUACUGAGAGGCGUGGGGAUCGAGGCAGAGAGAUCACUCGGGGAGAGGGCGGCUCAGAAGGAGACUGCGGGUUUGCCGCAGCCGCCAGGCAGCGAAGGCGAGGAGCCAAACAGCACGCCGCUUGCCGCAUACGGGGAGAGAACUGUCUCCGCAGCCGCAGAGGCGGACGAGGAAGCAUCUCCAGGUCGCGCACGGCACGGAGACAGCAGCGAGGAGUUGCCGACUGCAGAUAGGAGACAGGGAGAGAGCGCGAGUGAGGUGGGAGACGCGAGCGCGUGGAGUGGCGAUGCCACACGGGGCGAAGCCAUGGCGGUGUGUGUCGCGCAGCAGGCCCUGGCCGGAGACGACGGAGAGAGACAUCCUCGAGAAAGAGAGCCUGGGGAAUCCGCGCAGCAAGAGAAAAGAGGAGACGAGCCGAAAUCGCCCUCGGCUGCUGCUGAGGAGGAAGCACUGGCGGCGCCCGGCACUCAACACCCCGCUGGAGGCGACGGUGGGGGAAAGGAGACACGAGGAGACAACCUGCGGCCGAGCCCUGCGGGGUAUCCGGAUGGGAGGCGAACUGAGGAGAGAGGCCGAGAGAGGGAGAGGAGCUGUCUUUCUUCAUCGUCGCCGUGGCUUUUGGCCUCAGACAUUUCAGGUGCAUCUGGCGCAGGGGAGGCGUUGCCGUCACCUCGCCGAGAGCGUUCAUCGCCGGCUUCGGUUCCUCCUGAUCUCGGAGAGAGUUGCGUGCCGACAUGUGCGGGCCGACAGCCCGUGGAAGAAGCGGAGGCGUCUGCCUAUGCGCUUUCCAGAGGUGCCGUCUGCGCGUCGCCAGCGAGCGGCGAAGUGGACGAGCCACCUCGCGCCCCCGCCUCGCCUUUCACGUCCACAAGGGCCAACCCCACAGUCUCUCAGACAGCCGCACCCGCCGCUGCGGCUUGGGCGGCUGACGCACUGCAUGCAACUGGGGCUCUGGUUCCGCGACCAGAGGACGUCUCUUCUGUCCAGGCAGGAGCGGCCUGCGCGACGCCUGCGGGGACAUCUGCGCCGAGCCGAAACGGAGACACCUGCGGCGCCUUGGAGGCCGACGGGCCCGUCGCGGAGGACGGCGCGACCGCGUUGGGCCCCAAAGGAGACAGUUGGGAGAGCCGCUUUCGAAGGCUGGAGGCGCGGAUGAAGGAGCGGGAACGCGAACUGGAGGAGACACUCAGACUGCGGGAGACACAGCUCCACGAGAAGGCGACGCAGCUCGCGUCCUUUAUGGAGGGCCAGGCGGAUUUUGAAAAGAGGCCGACCGUCGAGCAGCAACUGCGACGACAGGUCGCGGACCUCGAGCAGCAGACCGCGAGUCUGCUACAGACAGUUGACGCAGUGAAUUCGGAAGCGCGCGAACAGAGACGCCUCGCCGAGGGCGCGCGCGCUGAGAAGGACGAGAUGGAGCAGGAGGCUCAGCGUCUGUCGCGCCGAGUGGCGCAGCUUGAGCGGUCCAACAAACGCCUGAGAUCGGAUCUCCAGACGAUACGCGCGGAACGAGAUACGCUGCUUGCGAACAACGAGGCGCUUUCGAAGAAGACUUCCAAGCUUCAAACGCAGGCUUAUCGCACCAGCGAAGCAGAGACCCAGCUACAGGAACUACGCGAAGAAAAGGGAUCGCUGCUGGAGCGGCUGCAGUCAGUUGAGACCGAGCGACAGACGCUGCAAAAGGAUCUUGAGAGUCUCCACCGUCAACUGAGAGAUGCGCAGACGCGGGAGGAAGAGAUUCUCAAGAAGCACGCGGAGGCGCUAGAAAAAGCGCGAAGCAACGCCGAGCUCCUGUCUGUCAACAGUCAGCUCCGGUCUCAGCUCGAGGAAGUGAAGCUUCCAGUGAGACUCUGUAUUGGGGAGCGCUCGGCUCAGCUCCUCGAAUGCGAGAGACGCAGCGAGGCGAAGGAGACAUACCUGCAAGGCGACAUCGCGGAGAUGAAAACCAAGGUCGAAUCACUCGAGACGGCGCUGGCGACGUCGACCUCCCCGCUUCUGUCUCGCCUCGCCGCCGCCGAGCGGCAGGCGGCGGCUGCUCGAGAAGAAGCUGCGCGCUUGUCUGUAGAGACGCGGAAGACAAUGGAAGGGGAAAUGGAGGAAAUCAGAAGCCGCGCGGCGGAGGAGAAGCGCGUCUUGAGCGAACAGAUUGAGCGGCAGAAAGCAGAAAUCGACAGGAAAGAUGCAGAAGGAAGAGAGUUGCAGAGACAGCUGGAGGAGGCACUGAAACUGCAAGAAUCUGCCAAGGCGGCAGCCGACGGUGCGGUAGACGAGGCGACGCUAGAGGCGCUCAGAGUGAUCCAGGCCGACCUCCAGGAGCAACUGCGCCACGCGCGCAACCUCUUGAAAUCAAAAGACACACAGGUGGACGCUCUCCGAGAAGAGGUUGCGGAACUUCGCGAGGAGAUUCGAAAGGAACAAGAGCGAGAAAGCCACAAUCUGAAAGACGAGCCUGCAAAGCACACCGGAGAAAAGACACAAACAGACGAAGAAGAAAAGCGAGACGAGAGCCGGGAAUCGAUGCAUGCAAUUGGAGAGCUUGAGGCGGCGCACCCAACCGGAGACACACAGGCGCACCCAGAGCCUCCGCAUGCAGGCUCCGCGCGGCGCGACGGAGAAACCCCACACGCCCGACAGGGCAUCGGCCUCGCGCUCCCUGCCGCAAGGAUCGGCGGGGGUGUCUCCGAAACGUCGAGCGACGACCUGUCCGCGCGGUCGUGGGCGUCUGCUGUCCGUCGAUCGACGCUCAACGCCCAGACUCUGGCGGCUCUGCACACUCGAACUUUCGGAAACCAAGUGAAUCGACAGGUCGCGGCGCUUCAGGCGGAGCUACGCGUGACGGUGGAGCAGCGCAACGCCUUCGAAGCGCAGUGCGAGCGGCUUAUGCAGGAGAAAGAAAGUUUGAGUGCUCGAAUCGAACAACUCCAGUGGACACGCGGCGGCCCCGGAACAGAAGAAGAAAAGCUAGAGACCGCAGCGGAACUGAUCGGAGAGCUCCAAGACGAGCUGGAGGAGCAACAGGAAGUGAUUCGCAUGUACAAAGAGCAGGCCGAGGACUACGCGAGAACUAUUGCAGCGCUACAAAAUCAAAUCGACGAACAACGGAACAUGUCGCCCACAAACGCCUGA